CAGCACAUUACACAAGGCUGGGACGAGAGAAAUGCACGAUGAUGGAACGGACAGUCGUAUCAAGACCUUUGCCAACAUCUUCAUCUCUUUCAUCGGAGCAGGCAUUCUGGGACUGCCCUAUGCCUUCAAAGAGAGCGGGAUCGUGGAAGGCGCGGUGGUCAUCAGUAUCGUGGGAGCAGUCAGUAUAAAGUCCAUGUUUCUACUGAUUGACUGUAAGAACAGAAUGAUGUCCAAGGCCACACUCACUAUGGCCACCAAACUACCCAAUGGAACUUCAUCUCCUGUCACUUCUAAAAACAUUGAAUAUGGAGAUGUUGGAAUGUUGGCUCUAGGCUCGUUUGGACGAUGGCUGGUGGACAUCAACAUCCUCAUUUCUCAAGUUGGGUUCUGCUGUGCCUACCUCAUAUUCAUCUCUGAGAAUCUCCACAGUGUCUUCCCUCGCGUGUCUCAACUGGUCUACCUCUUUUCUCUCCUGCCUCCCCUCGUCUUCCUGUGCAACCUUCGUCACCUCAAGCACUUGGCUCCAUUCAGUUUGUUUGCGGACUUUGCCACCAUCUUUGCCUACGGAAUUGUCUUCUAUUUUGACAUGGAACACUUCCACCUACUUCAGUAUGCCCUGACUACUACUAAAUAUCGAGGCAAUGAUUUUUAGCAGACUAAAAUGUAAAAGGUUUUGCUGAAGCAAAUUUCACAGCACCUAAAAUAUCUUUUAAAAUGACUUUGCCAGAUUAACUGUAUCUCCACUAGACUUUUUCUCUGGGUCACAUUGUCUGAUCCUACAUUUCCAUCUCUUUAGCUUCCACAUACGAAACUACUCAUUAGAGGGGCUCCCCUUCUAUCUGGGCGUGGCAAUCUACUGCUAUGAGGGGGCGGGGCUAAUCCUCUCUCUCGAAGGCUCCGUCAGCAAAGACCUCCGGGGCAGCUUCAAGACCAUCUUCCUGGUUGCCAUGAUAAUUGUCACAUCUCUUUAUGUUGGGUUUGGUGUCUGUGGCUACCUGUCAUUUGGACCAGACACAGAAGACAUCAUUACCCUUAAUUUACCAGGAGGUCUUUUUCCGUUCUUGGUGAAAGGGUUUCUCUGUUUUUCGCUCUACUUCACUUACCCCAUCAUGAUGUUCCCGGUGACCACUGUAUUGGAACGAAUGUUCUUCUCUCAAGGAACUGCUGAUACCAACUACCUCCUUGGAUGUGUGCUGCGUUCUGUACUGGUGCUGGUAUCUGGGCUAAUAGUGGUGGCCAUUCCUAACUUCUCUAUCCUCAUGGCUCUGGUUGGCUCUGGCUGCUGCACCAUGCUGGGGUUCAUCCUACCUGCUGUCUUCCACUGGCUCAUCUUCAGAGGGGACCUCAGUCUGGGUGCUAGACUGUUCAAUAUGUUCCUCAUCAUUCUGGGAAUUACAGGUUCAAUCAUCGGGACAGUGGAUGCAAUCUCUCGACUCUAUGGAGACAAGACAACGGCACAGGUCCAGCCGUCCAUUUCUCCUCCACUCUCACUCCACAACUACCACAGACGUUUCCAACCUCUCCUCCUCUUUAUAAAUCACUGUGUUGUAAAAAUAAUCUUUCAGCUCCCACCACAAAUUUUUUUCAGAGUGUAUAUAAUAUCAUUGUACAAAGAAAUUUUUAAAAACCAACUGAUAUUAAUGUUGCGUUCUGAGAAAGAGUUUGUAAUUGUGUUCCUUGUACAACGAGGGCCAUUCUUCCAUGGAGAUGUCAAUUCUCUGGAAAUUAUCGUGUCGGUUGUCAAGGAGAAGACGAGCUAUUCGCCGAGUCAGUACUGUACUCUCUUCCGAUGCUGCCAACUCCUGCACACUCAUCCACGCGCAUCUCACGACUUCCUUCUCGCAUGGUUUGAGGUCAAAGGUUAGAGGGUGGAGUCUACAGACGAAGUAGAGGUCCGAGCAGCCGAAUGUGUGUGGCAUGUGAUGAUGCUGUCUGAAGGCCAGUAUUGAUCGGAACUCUGUUUCAACUCCUGUCUCUUCCCUCACCUCUCUCACUGCUGCAUCAGCUGCAGUAGCCAAACACCCAGCAGACAACAUGUAACAAUAUCAAGUCUAAGACAGGCUCACGUAAACUGCAAAAUCUAUGUGCUGCAACUAAACGCUACUGAAU